UGCACGAUGUGCUUCAGCAGAGUAGAUGAGAAGAGUAGCAGAGGACUACGGAACAGACAGCAAAAAAAGGGUAAGAAGACCAGGAGAGAUGAACACGGAGAAAGUACAGCUCUCUCACUCGUUCCGUGGAGUUACGCAGCGAGGUUUACGGAAGGUGGAUGAUUACUCCUUCGGGACACGUCAGAAGAGGAAACUCUUUCCUCACUACUACCCCCCAACUUGGAUGGGGAACAAGUUUCUCCCUGUCAGGGGAUUGCCCCACACAGGCCCGGGGUGUUACACGGCAGCAGAUUGGAAUGGUUUAGCAUACAGCCUGUCUCAAAUCCCGACCAGUACAAAAGGUUAUGCUAUUGGAGCCAGGACAGCUGUGAGGUUUAAGCCAGUCAGCAAGGAUGUGACACCAUAUCCAGGAAUGUACCAGAAAGUUUGUACUUGGAAUGAAAAAUCCAAACAAAGCUUUGCGCCAUUUAAUGCCUUGAUGCCUCGAUUUAGGAGUGAAGUUCAGGGCAAUUCUUAUCCUGGCCCUGGUACAUACAAUCCAGAGAAGAAGUCACCCCCAAAAGUUGUUUGGCCAAUGAAAUUUGGAUCUCCAGAUUGGUGUCAGAUUCCAUGUCUAGAGAAAAGAACUCUAAAAGCUGAGCUCUCCACAGACAAGGACUUUAGAAAGCAUCGGAACCGUGUGGCCUAUUUUAGCCUGUAUUACAAAUGAGAAGUGGGCACUGUCUUCACGUGAUUUCCUGACCACAGAAUCUCCACACCUGAGGACAGAACUGGUCUUAUACUUCUGUGUUCCUGGGCCCUCUUGUCGGCCAAUUCGGCAUCCAGGGAGGGGCAAGGGUCUCAGUCACCCUAU